UGUGUGUACUGUUUCUUAAUCUCUAAAUGACUUGUCAACGCCUAACUUUCUACGAUCAUAUAAGUAAACGGCCUCGUAUUUAAAAGAUCUCUUCUUUCGACGGAAACUGCCGUCUGGUUGCGUGGCUACAAAGUCAGCACUCAGCUAGUUGAUCUAUUUCUCCAUGAAAAUGAUGGAUUAAUCAAAGGUCCUUGGAAUCAGGUCAAUGGCUUCUUCGUUGGAUUCAUGGAAGAGAGAACACAACGAGGCUUUAAAACUCUCAGAGGAGAUUGAUGAAAUGAUAUUAGAAAGCAGUUCAAUGGCCGGAUCAGAACAUUAUGAUCUACGUCAUGCUUCAUCUAUGCGAAGAAAGAUCACCAUUUUGGCAACUCGAGUAGAGACUCUGCAGUAUCUUGUUGCUAAAAGUCCUGGAAAACCUAUUUCAGCAAAAGAGAUGAGCCGGCGCAAGGGUAUGGUUGAGGAUCUGAGAUCAAAAGCAAAUCAGAUGGCGUCUGCUUUGGACAUGUUAAAAUUUUCCAAUAUUGACAGCUUGUUGAGGCCAGAAAAGCAAGAUGAUAUCAUGAGCAGAGUUAUUGGCAUGGAUAACCAAGGAAUUGUUGGAUUACAACGACAAGUUAUGAAAGAACAAGACGAAGAACUUGAGAAGUUGGAGGCAACAGUCAUGAGUGUAAAACACAUUGCUCUAGCUCUCAAUGAGGAGCUUGGCUUGCAGAAAAGGCUUAUCGAUGGCUUAGACCACCAUGUGGAUGUUAGUGCCUCUGGCGUUAAGAAAGUGCAGAAGAGGGUCGAUACUGGUGUUUGCAUGUCACUGCUCUUGUCAGUGCUUGAGGUCAUCGGUCUUGCUGAUCUAAUAUUUUCUAAUCCCAGUGACAAGGUUCAAGAACCAAGGAAAGAUUAGGUUGAUUUACAUUGGUUUUGUUAUCUAUUUGGCACAGUAAUGAUCAUCACAAGGAGGAACUCCAUAGGGAUGAUCUUUUUUUGUGAUCUGAAAUUUUGUGUGAUCCUUUGAAGUUUGAACUCUUUCGCUCUUGUCUAUCUCCUGAUGUGCGUGUGUCUGAUCCCCCUU